GAUCUGAAGCAUAAAGACAUGCGACGUCUCGGGUGCAACGGCCGCCAGAGUCAUUGAACGCUUGGAUUUAACUUGUGCAAAUUGCAGACAGUGCCAGCCGAAAGUCGGCUUACCCAACAAACUCUAAAUAGAAUAGUAAAUAGAGACAAUGGUUCUUGCCACGCCCCCUGUGAGCAAGGGCGGUAACGCGGGCGGCUGCUUCAUGGAUCAGUUCCAGCAGUACUCGGCCCACUGUGAGGCGGCGGACAGCGGGAAUGGCAGCGACUUGGAGAGCACCGGAGUGCCCACCAAGCCGGACGACAGUGAGGAGAGCGGACCAUCCUCUUUGGGGAGCGACUCGAUGCACGGGAGCAGCACGGAGUACGUGAGGCAGGCGGCUUCCCAGCCAAGUGGCCAAAGGCAGCGGCAGAAGUCCUUGAGGGUCCUGGGAUCCCUGCUGCCCGACAGUCUGCUGCGGGACAUUCGCGAUCGCAGAAGCACCGAGAACGUGGUGCAGUUCUCCCAGCCGGAGGGGGAGGAGGAGCAGGAGAAGAUCGAGAGCCAGAUCCAGGAGGAGAUCCCCGAGAAAGCCUCACCAUUUCGCUUGGCCCGCGAAUCGCUGAGCGAGGAGAAAAUCGAGGAGCUGCGUGCAGCGGUGGAGCGGGCCAACUUUGUGCAAACCGGUGAGGAGUCGCUGGACAGCAUCGAGGCCUCCCCGCAGUCGCUGCCACCGAGCAGCAACCUCAACGGCCGACGCAGCAAGAUCAGCUACAAGUACGCCGACGACCAGUACUACAGCUUUCACAUCAACGAGCACGAGAACUUCGCCAGAACCUCGAGGGACGACGGGGAUCAGGCGGACAGGGGGGCGGAGUCCCCGGGCGGAAUUCUAGCGGAACAGAACGACCUCUUCGCCGGCUAUCGGGACGUGCGGAGCGGAGCCACUUCCACCCAGUCCACCAUUCGAUCCGCCAAGGGAACGGUGCGGGGCGUCAGGAACCGUGUGCGCAAUGGAAUAGCCACGUUCCUGCAGCUCCAGCAGCAGCCCAAUGCCAAGAACUUCAAGGAGAAAGACCUCGGCAAGGUGGUGCUGUACACCACCAGCAUGGGCAUCAUCCGGGAGACGUACACGAAGUGCGCCAACGUGAAGCAGAUCCUGCGCACCCUGCUGGUCAAGUUCGAGGAGCGGGACGUGUUCAUGAGCGUGGAGUACCAGGCGGAGAUGCGCCAGCGGAUGCAGAGCGGCCAAGUGCGGGUUCCCCAAUUGUACGUGGAGGGUCAGCACAUCGGGGACGCCGAGACCGUCGAGCGGCUGAACGAGUCCGGCGAGCUGCGACAGCUGCUCAAGCCCUACAAGUCUAUGGCCAGCACCUUCACCUGCCAGACCUGCGGCGGCUACCGCCUGCUGCCCUGCCCCUCCUGCAACGGCUCCAAGAAGUCCGUGCACCGCAACCACUUCACCGCCGAGUUCGUGGCCCUCAAGUGCAUGAACUGCGACGAGGUGGGCCUGGUCAAGUGCCACAGCUGUUGAGGAGUCGCGGUAGUCGUAAGCCCAGUUAGUCUAAGUCGCCCUACCAACACUCGGAAUAUCCUAGACCUAAGUAGUAAAUAGUUACAAGUUAAAGGGCAUUGUGUUUUCAUUCGCGGGAGGGACAUAUGGGAUACUCAAUUUUCUAAAACAUUACAUCCUAAAUACUAAUCGAUUCUGCCACUUUAGUUCUUAGCCAAACAUCCUCUCCCAUUUUAUAUUCUUCGACCCAGGAAUGUCCAAUGCUCAUUGAUAAAACAGCAAAGUUAAGGGUUAAGUUAAGCUUACUUUAUACAUAUUGGCAUUGAACAUUUUCAAAUACUUUUUCUUUUGGCUUGCUAAGGUGUAAAUGCAAUUCGCUUCACCCUUUUUUUCCGCCUUGUAAAUUGAAUUGUAACUCUAUCAGCUCCAAAAUGUUAGUCAGUAUAAAUUUUCCUUAAGAAACUAAACAAGAAAAUAAAUUCUAAUAGAUAAUAACUUAUAUAUAAGUCAACCAUUUGUAAGAUAGUGUAACAAUCAUCUUAUAUAUAAAUUCAGCAAUAAAUAGUAAGUCAACGAA